AUGGACAACAGCGUCUACACCUAUAAGGACGAGGGCACAAAGAACUAUGGCCGCGACGGCUACCACGUCGUCGGCCCUGGGGACAACUUCAAGCAGGGCGCCUACGUCAUGCAGUCCAAGAUCGGUUGGGGCCACUUCUCCACUACUUGGCUCGCCUGGGACAUCGCCCACUCAAGGUAUGUGGCCCUGAAGGUGCAGAAGAGCGCACAACACUACUCGGAGGCUUUCAUGGAUGAGAUCAAGAUGUUGAGGCAGAUUGCUGACGGUGACCUUGAAGACUCCCGUUGUGUUGUUAAGCUUCUUGACCACUUCAAGCACACAAGCCCCAUUGGGAGCCAUGUCUGCAUGGUGUUUGAGUUUCUUGGUGAUAACUUGCUCACCCUAAUAAAGUACACGGACUAUCGUGGCAUUCCGCUUCCAAUGGUUAAGGAGAUAUGCCGGCAUGUGCUCAUUGGGCUUGACUACCUCCACCGCGAGCUUUCCAUUAUCCACACUAACCUGAGGCCCGAAAACAUAUUCAUCGUGUCCACUAUUGACCCCUCAAACGAUCCCCGGAAAUCAGGUGUGCCACUGGUGCCGCUUGCUGCAAGGGCCAUCGAGCCACCUCCAAGGGCUCCUGCUCGACCAUCAACGAGUAGUGGCGUCACUAGGAACCAACAGAAGAAGAUCCAAAAGAAAGCCAAACAUGUAGUUGCUUCAACUUCAGAAGGCAAUGGGGCAGUGGCAUUCGCUGACAUAGACGAAUCAGAUGAUAAGGGAGAUCUGAGCAUAGCAAAUGAGGGCAGUCCUAGCCAGGAUGGGGACAGGAUGAGAGGAGGAGGGCAUAGGCGGGGCAACAAAGGGACUAGGAAUAGGAUGGAGAUGGAAGCUGAACUAGGCUGCAAGCUCGUUGACUUCGGAAAUGCAUGUUGGACGUACAAGCAGUUCACAAGUGAUAUCCAAACAAGGCAAUACAGUUGUCCUGAGGUCCUUCUGGGCUCCAUGUAUUCUACAUCUGUCAACCUGUGGUCCUUUGCAUGCAUAUGCUUUGAACUUGCCUGA